AUGGUAUUUAUUCGAUCCCUUUCCCGUCAAUUGCGACGGCCUGCCACUCAAUUGCUCUCGGGGGCUUUUAAGCCCACCACCAACACCUUUAUGAGGCCGACUGGUGCUUUUGCCAAUGCACGUACGCUAACCGCAUCUACCUCCCUUCAGGGUAAAGUUCUUUUGGUUCUGUACGACGGUGGCGAGCACUCCAAGCAGCAGCCCCGUCUUUUGGGUACCACUGAGAAUGAGCUCGGUAUCCGCAAGUGGCUCGAGGACCAGGGUCACACCCUGGUGACCACCUCCGACAAGGAGGGCGAGGACUCUACCUUCGACAAGGAGCUUGUUGACGCUGAAGUCAUCAUCACUACUCCCUUCCACCCCGGAUACCUCACUGCUGAGCGUCUGGCCAAGGCCAAGAACCUCAAGCUGGCCAUCACUGCCGGUAUUGGUUCCGACCACGUUGACCUCAACGCUGCCAACAAGACCAACGGUGGUAUCACCGUCGCUGAGGUCACUGGCUCCAACGUUGUCUCCGUCGCCGAGCAUGUCGUCAUGACUAUUCUCCUCUUGGUCCGCAACUUCGUUCCCGCCCACGACCAGAUCCGCAACGGUGAGUGGGACGUCGCCGCUGUCGCCAAGAACGAGUUCGACCUGGAGGGUAAGGUUGUUGGUACCGUCGCUGUCGGCCGUAUUGGUGAGCGUGUGCUCCGCCGUCUGAAGCCCUUCGACUGCAAGGAGCUGCUCUACUACGACUACCAGCCCCUGAGCGCCGAGGCCGAGAAGGAGAUUGGCUGCCGCCGCGUUGAGGACCUCGAGGAGAUGCUCGCUCAGUGUGACGUUGUCACUAUUAACUGCCCCCUGCACGAGAAGACCCGUGGUCUGUUCAACAAGGAGCUGAUCUCCAAGAUGAAGCCUGGUGCUUGGCUCGUUAACACUGCCCGUGGUGCUAUUGUCGUCAAGGAGGAUGUUGCCGAGGCUCUCAAGUCUGGCCACCUCCGCGGAUACGGUGGUGACGUCUGGUUCCCCCAGCCCGCCCCCAAGGAUCACCCUCUCCGCUACGCCGAGCACCCCUGGGGUGGCGGUAACGCCAUGGUCCCUCACAUGUCCGGUACCUCCAUUGAUGCCCAGAUCCGUUACGCCAACGGUACCAAGGACAUCCUGGACAGCUACUUCUCCGGCCGUGAGGAUUACCGCCCUCAGGACUUGAUCGUCCACAAGGGUGACUACGCCACCAAGGCUUAUGGCCAGCGCAAGUAA